UGACUAUCUCCAUAUUUAUCAAUGAGCCUGGGAAAUUUUUCAAGAUGUUCCAUAUUUACCCUUGAAUGGAACCUUUGAUAUUCCUCCUCUGGAAUUUGCCACGAAUCAGUUUGAAACAAGUCGCCGGGAUUAUCGGUUCGCAGUCUCGCAAAAAAAAAACAAGUCACAACAUGGGCUAUUGGUCGGAGUUACGAGCCUGGCUAUUUAAAGAUCCUGCCAAAAUUAUCCGUUACCUUGUGUUGUUUGUGUGUUGUAUUAUUGUUAUUGUCCAGUUAUAUGAGUGCUUCUCGAAAUUGGAUAAUCCGCCAAUAUCCACCCAUUCGUAUUAUAAUUUAAACGAAACCAUUGAAAUGCCAGCGGUGACCAUAUGUCGCGAACCGCCAUAUAAAGAGGAAGAAUUAAAGGAAAUCUCUGGAAAUACUUGCACUCAUCCGAAAUACAGUUCCUGCUGGAAUUUCUAUCCCUAUGAUGAAGUACCAAUUUCGGAAUUUUUCGUCAAUUCAACAUUCAAUGAAACUGAAACGUUCUACAACAAACAGUAUGGGUUGAGCUCAUUGAAAUCGAAUGUAGAGAUUACCACCAGUACCCAAUUCUAUCGUGGCCGCUGCCAUACCAUUCGACCCAAGGUUGCUCUCAAGAGGGCAACAAAAACUUCCGGUUAUUCGAUAAUGUUGCAACAUCAUGUUCCCAAGGCCGAUGUCGAUUUGGACAAGUAUGAAGCGCGACCGGGUUGGCAUCUCUAUAUUCACGAUCCCAAGGAAAAUUUCACCGAAGUCAGUAUGAAGGCAUCGGGACGUGUGGAAUAUGUUUUCGUCGAUAUCGAUGAGGAAAUUGAGAUCAAGUUGCAGAGUCAAUAUUUUUCAAAUAUUCCAACAAAAAAUCAAUACUGCAAUAAGGAUGAGAGUUAUAGUGAGUUGAAGUGCGGCGAAAAAUGCAUCCUCCAGGCAGUUGGUGAAUAUGCAAAUUGUUCAGGACCCUGGUUGGACAAUGACAUUAAAAUGGAACCUUGCAACUCCUAUAAAUCGAUAAUGAAAUUAAUUGGAGAAUAUUCGAGGGUAUAUGAGAGCGACGAUGAUCCGGAAUGUGAUUGUGAUCAACCAUGUGAAUCGAGAAUAUUUUCAACCUAUAUACAGAAUAGGAAAAAUUUCACCAAAAACGUUGAGCCAAGUAGCCAGAUUUAUAUUUACUAUACAACAAAGCUGAUAUCGAUGAUGGAGGAACGUCCCAGCUAUGACACAACACAAUUUAUAGCCGAUGUUGGUGGUUCCUUGGGUUUCCUGUUGGGCCUAUCCGUUUUGGGUCUCAUUGGCAUAUUGGAACAUAUAACUCUACUGCUGUGCGGCGGUGUCAUCAAGAAAAUGCAGAGAAGUCAUGAAAAACGUACCAAAAUGAAUGAAGAGGUGGAUAAGGGUUCGGAAAAUAGUGAUGCCACUGUCGAUAUUGCCACCAUCUCCAAGGAGGGUCUUUGAAAUUAAUAAAAAUAAAU